AUGGACACCACUUCGCAACGAGGUGCCAGUACUUCUGUCGGCACGACGCAGGAAGAGCGGGGCCGCAAUGUGUUGCGUCUCGCUCCCGAGAAGAAAGCAUGGCUGCCACCAAAAUCCGUCAUGGAUCACUUGUCGGCGACGACGAGUGAUCGUUAUUGA